GCGAGUAGACAAAGUGGGCUGGGUGGUGGUACUGGAAGGUGUCGGUGGGAUUGGUGAUGGAAAUGUGCGACAUGCUCAGAGUUUAACUUCUUGCUGUGAACAGCAGGAGUGAAAGGACACCACAGAGAAACACAUUCACACCAGUGGGAGAAAGGCUGUGAGUCACGUCUUGAGAUCAGAGGGAGGUUUACCCAACAGCUGGACCGCGCGGACAGCAGUGGAGAAAAGGCAAACAGCUGCGGAACCUGAGGAAGGAGAAGAUGUUGGGUCUGAGGGCGUUUGUUCUGCUCGGGCUGAGCUGGACAUGUCAUGCGGCGUCUGUCGACCCGUGGGGCCAGUGUCCAGUCAACAGAAAGUGCAAGGACAAGUUCGGCGACGGUACAUGUGACAAAGAGUGUGUGGAGCCCGAUUGUCUGAGAGACGGCUUCGACUGCCUUAAGGAGAAGAGCCCCUGCAAUCCAAGCCACAUCCUGUACUGCCGCGACCACUACGCCAACUCCCACUGUGAGCAGGGAUGCGACAGCGCCCCCUGUGGAUGGGACGGCAGCGACUGCUUCACACACCAGAGCCCCCUUUGGGCAAAAGGCACCCUGAUCCUUCACGUCAACGUCCCACAACAGAGGGGCCAAUUCACCAACAGCUCCCUGCUUUGGGCGCUCAGUGUCCUCCUCAAGUCGCCACUCAAGCUGAGAGGCUCCGCCCCCCUAGCGCCUAACAGGAACUUGUUUGACUUUGAUGCUCAGCAACUCGCCACCCUGCUGGCUCAGGCAUCACCGACUGACUCAGAUGGCUCCCUCCUUUUCCUCCAGGUGGACAACAGGCCGUGCUCCCGUCUGCCCUCUACCUGUUUCCCCUAUGCCAUCGAGGCGGCCAGUUUCCUGCGUGCCGUAUUGCUGCUGAGGCCUACCACGUUCAACACCCGGCCCGAGCUGAAGGCCAUCUUUAGUAUAAGAGGUGUGCGAGAGGAAAUAGGAAGCAGGGAGGAGGAUAUUGUGAUAAAGGAAGUCAAAGAGCCGACCCCAUCGUGGCUCUGGGCGGUGAUAGCCAUUGCAAUUGGCCUGCUCCUGGUUCUUGCCCUGGCCGUGUUCCUGGUGGUGAGGAGGGUCAGGCGGCAGCGGUCUGAGAGGGAAGACGGCCACAGGGUGAGACAUAUGUCCACGAUCACAGACAAUGACCCCAAAUCCAAAGCUAUGACUCCACACACAGCCCACCAAGAGCAGAGGGUAAGAGCGAGCAGGGAGAAAGAGAAGAUCAGCUUGAGGAAAAAGAAGAAAGCAAAGGAAGCAGAGAAGAAGAGAAGGAGGGAACCGCUGGGGGAGGACGCCAUUCGAAUGCGGCCUCUCAAAAGAGACCAGGAUAUAGGAAGUGACACAGACUUCACCCAGAGUUCAAUGGAAGACAUCAAUGCGAGAUGCUCGCGGCGACAGGAGGACGCCGCCAUCUGUGACCACCGGAGCUCUGAGCAGAAACACUACAGAGGAGGAAACUCACAGCCCCGCAGACCUGUUCAACCUCCACCUAGAGGAUGGGAGAGAAAUGCCAUGCCUCCUCCUCUUCUCAGUCCUCCUCAACAGUCGGCAGAGUGGUGUGGCCCUGACGGCUCUGUGGUUCUGAUCCGGGCGGUGCGUAGCGGACUGGACAGAGUGGUCCUGGAGCUGCUGCGAGCAGGAGUGCCUGUCAACAACACGGAUCACACUGGGAGAUCAGCCCUGCACUGGGCGAGCUCAGUAAACCACCUCUCCCUAACAAGGACCCUCAUUCGCUAUGGGGCCGCUGUGGACCUGCAAGACAACAAGGGCGAGACGGCGCUCUUCCUCUCUGCCCUUCAUGGUUGCUAUGACACAGCCAGACUCCUCCUCCUUCACGGGGCCAACCUCGAGCUGCACGAUCGUAGAGGACGUCGGCCAAUCGACGUGGCCAGAGAAGGCAUGCGCCACCAGGUCAUGGAGCUCCUAUUGGCUCACCAAAUUCAGAGAGGGCCCGUCACUGUUGAAGCAGCCAAUGAGAUGCUGUGGGAGGAGCGCGCUAUGAUGUACUCGCCUUGGGACGGAUCUCAGGGCCUGCCUGGAAGAAGUGCCUCCUUCUCCGGGAUCAUAGCCCAUCGAGAUAUGACCCCGCCUCCGCAGAAUGAUUGGUCGAUGAGCCGUGUGCAGUACCCCUCCCCUCAAAACUGGCGGCCACAGCUCAACCAAUCAGCAACAGCGCUGGUCCCUCCAAGAAUCAUGGGCCGCUCGCCUCGGCCCAUCAGCACCUUACAGGAGGUGACCUCAGAAGACGAGGACCGAGACAGGCAUCACGAAGCGCCAAGGGCUGCGACACCUCACUUCCUGUCGCCCCAGCCGGCCCCUCGGCAGCGUUCCUUUUCCUGCACCCAGCAUGCAUUGCAGCGUCGCUCCAGUGCCCCGCAGCCUGAGCCCAACUAUGUUAUCGUAACAGACAACUCAGCCCAUGAGCCCGUGGAAAGAGUGGUUGUUUCUCCUCCCACAGAUAUGGCUGCUCAGUCAGAUCGCCUGCCGGUCGUAAACGGUGAUCACUCGAGUAGAGCAGCGCUGAGUUUUUCAAAUUCAGAGCAGAAAUCGAGAGGUGAGAGGCCGAACAACACCGACUCCACACAAACAGCCCUUUAGAGAGAAGACAAACCCCUUUAAGCAUGAAAGAACAGCAUCAUGAACAUGUGAGGAAAAUAAUGGCUCACAAUGAAGCUCUAUUAACUGAGAGGCGCUGAGCUUCAGGUUUUGACAUCAGGUUUAUUUUUAACUGCAGUAAAGCUCCAAAGAUAAUGGCUUACAAGAAGGCCCAAAGCUCUCGUUUUGAGAUUUCCAACGUGUGUUUGUUGGAAGACUUCUGACUCCUCUUAUUCCAUUUUUUUUUUUUGGUUAAAAUGCUUCCAAUAUGAAACAUGUCAGCACUCGGAGAUGUUCCUCCCCAACUCUCCUCCCCAGUUUUUUUCUCAGCCUUGCUUAAAUUAUUUCUAAUAUCAUUGUAUAUAUUUUUUACUAUAGAAGAGAAUAUUGUUCCAUCUGAAAAUGGAUACCAAUCAAACACGAUGAAUGUAACACUUACUCAGAAAAUGUAACGUCUUUUGAGUGUUGCCAAAUACUGUAAUAUAUUCACACUGCCUCGACUUCGAACAGAUUGUUUUCUGAUUAAAGAGGAAACAAUCAGGAAUUCAUGUAAAAUACAAUUUAAAAAAAAACAUGUGCAUGUGGUUGCACAAAGAGGUCAGACUCCUGCUGGUAGAUGCAAUAAAGUGACUUUUCAUGCAAAUCAUUUGGACUUUUAAUUUUGUUCCACUUUCCAACAAGUCAUGUGUGCACAAAACUUUGGCUUUGGCUUUGACUGACCUCUUCCUGACAUUAUAGGUGUUUGUUUUGGUGAGCUUGUAUCCCAGAAAUCCAAAAGCAAAAAUAACAGAUUCAAGAUGAUGUCACUCUGAAUGUGAGUGCAAAGGUGUGAAGAAUCUUUUGCAGGGUGGCUUCGUUUAAGAAGGGGUGAAUAUUGAAUAUACAAGACACAUAUACUGUAUAUAUAAUAAUAAAAUAGAAAGAAAAUCAGUAAUAAAAACAAGAAUGAAAAAGAAAUGAAGACGUUGAGAAGAUGUACAAACAUUAGACAAUAUGAAUAUAUAUAUAUGCAGUAGCAUGAAUAAGUUGUGUUAUAAAAUGUGCUGUCUAAACUCUUUUCAGCUCUCACAAUAAAACAACCAUAUCC